GGUGCGAACAUGUCCCUGAGUGUUCUUCAUCACAGUCUGAGCUGCCGGUUGUUUCACGGUAACGUUAAAGUCCUACAAAAAUGCACCCAAGCCGUUAGAUACACACACAGUGCUCUACGGAGGGAGACCGGACCGGCACUCACGCUGUCACCAUGGAGAGUCAACGGCUGUCCGGUGAAUGUGAGUCAGUGGUACACCUGCAGAUCAUCACAGUGGCUGAAUCAGCGCUCAAGAGCAUUUUCCGCAAUACCUCCACCAUCCGGGGGACAGCAGAAGAAGUCUGGGCCCGUGACGUGGAAAUCUUUAGCAGUAACUUUUGCUAUCGGAGGCUCGCUGCUCGGAGCGAUGAAAUACUUCAAGAAAGAAAAGGAAGAAUUGAUUGAAAAAGAGAGAACCAAAUCGAUAGGCCGACCGGCGCUGGGCGGUCCGUUCUCGCUCAUCGAUCACAACAACAAACCCUCCAAGAGUGAAGACUUCUUUGGCCAGUGGCUGCUCAUCUACUUCGGGUUUACUCACUGUCCGGACAUCUGCCCCGACGAAAUAGAGAAGAUGAUCGAAGUGGUGGAUGAAAUAGACAAAAUCCAGUCUAUACCAAACCUGACGCCGAUCCUCAUCACCAUCGACCCUGACAGAGACACUCCAGAGGCCAUGGCUACGUAUGUGAAAGAUUUUUCCCCGAAGCUGAUUGGACUGACGGGGACAAAAGAUCAGGUGGAGACGGUUUCCAGAGCCUACAGAGUUUACUACAGUCAGGGACCAAAAGACGAAGACAACGACUACAUUGUGGAUCACACUAUCAUCAUGUACCUCGUGGCACCCGACGGAGAGUUUGUAGAAUAUUUCGGACAGAACAAAAGAAACGUUGAGAUCACCAACUCGGUAGCGGCACACAUGAGAAAGUACAAGAAGGGAAAGUGA